AUUCACACUACAAUCGAUUAAUAGCCAGAUCAAUAAAUACAACUAAUCUUCCAAUCGCAUUUAAUAAUCCUGACUUGGAAGCAUUAAUAUUUCCUGACCUAUUUCCUAAUGCUAAAGGUCAUUACGAAAAC